UUCCGUUGGAUCUCAGGAGACUGAGGGAACAUUCCCCGUUGGACUCCGGUUCUGUUACUGGUUCUGUUACUGGGCCCAUAGCCCUUCCAUUCGGCUGGGGAGGAUGUCACAUGAGAAGAGCUUCCUGGUUACUGGGGAACCCUACUCCAGCGUCCCCUACCCUGUAGGACAAGGUGCUCCCCCCCCCACAUAUACCCCAGGGCCUUACCCGAACACUACCCCCUACCCCAAUACUGCCCCUUACCCCAAUACUGCCCCUUACCCCAACACUGCCCCCUACCCCAGUGAUAUUCCUUACCCAAAUGCGGUCCCUUACCCACAAAAUGCCCCAAUGGGACAGCCCCCUUACCCUCCUUCUGUGUACAACCAAGGACCUUACCCCGGGGGGCCGUACCCUGGGCAGCCCAACCAGCAGACUCCGUAUGGACAGAUGGGCUACCCCUCACAAUCAAGUGAUUUCGACUCCCCGAUGCACAGCACCACGUACCAUGAAGAGGGCCCCCCCUCCUACUGCGACAACCAGGACUUUCCCACCAGCCACUGGGAGGAUAAGAGCAUCCGGCGAGCGUUUAUCCGUAAGGUGUUCCUGGUACUUACCGCUCAGCUCUUGGUGACUUUUGCCUUCGUGGCAGUUUUCACGUUCGUGGAUGAGGCCAAGGUGUACGUGAGAAGGAACACAUGGACGUAUUAUCUCUCCUACGCGAUCUUCUUUGUCUCCCUCAUCACCCUCAGCUGCUGUGGAGAUUUCCGCCGCCGGCACCCAUGGAAUCUGGUUGCGCUGUCCAUCCUGACCUUCAGCCUCUCCUACAUGGUGGGAAUGAUCGCCAGCUUUUACGACACGGAUGCGGUGAUCAUGGCGAUUGGGAUUACGGCAGCCGUUUGCUUCACUGUCGUCCUCUUCUCCCUGCAGACAAAGUACGACUUCACCUCGUGUAUGGGAGUCCUGCUCGUCAGCCUGAUUGUGCUGCUCAUCUUCUCCAUUCUCUGCAUCUUCAUUCGGAACAAGAUCCUGCAGAUUGUGUAUGCCUCUCUCGGGGCCCUGCUCUUUACAUGUUUCCUGGCUGUGGACACGCAGAUGAUCCUGGGGAACAAGCAGCUGUCUCUCAGCCCAGAGGAAUAUGUUUUUGCUGCUCUCAAUCUCUACACGGAUAUCAUCAAUAUCUUCCUGUACAUCCUGGCCAUUAUUGGGAAGGCAAAGCAAUGAUCCCGGGGGUUCCUAUUGGGGCGCUGUCACCCCCUCUUCUCAUGAUUCCAGCCCUAGUCACCCCCUCUCUUACCCGCUGUGUUCAUUAGCUCCAGGCUGAUUGGGUCUCUCUCUAGCAGUAAUUGUGCUCCUCCCCCUCCCGAAUACUCCGCCCCUUUCCCCAGCUCUACUGUAGAGGUAGCACAGACUCCAGCUACUACGUACACUGGGUAACAUUGCAUUCUUUUCUGUGUGAGUGUGAGGGUGAGUGUGUAUGUAGGCGAGUGUGAGUGUGUGUAGUUGUACAAUUAUUUAUGUUACGGACAAAUGAAGACUCAUUAAAUAUACAGGAACCAAACACAGGAAACUUCACACAGACAGACAGACAUAUGGAGAGAGACAGACAUAUGGAGAGAGACAGACAGAUGCUCAGACAGACGCUCAGACAGACACAUGUAUAGACACAGACAGACGCUCAGACAGACACAUGUAUAGACACAGACAGACGCUCAGACAGACACAUGUAUAGACACAGACAGACGCUCAGACAGACGCUCACACUCACACAGACAGACAGACAGACAUGUAGAGACACAGACAGACAGACAGACACAUACAUGUAGAGACACAGACAGACGCUCAGACAGACACUCACACUAAGAAUCCCUAAAUGUGAAUGCAUUAGUCCGGCUUCUCCCCCCCCCCCCCCCUGCACGGCCCGGGUAUGAGCGCUGCGGGGGCAUGGCUUCAGUGGCACCGCCCACUGCAACCCCAACAUUCACUGUCACAGUUUGGGGCUCUCCGGUCACUUUCAGCCGUCACGGUGCCACUUUAUCCUGUACUGUAUCAGCCGUAGGUUGGGGGUUCCUGUGCCCGUGUACAUGUUGCGCUGCCCACUGAGCCCCAAUUGAAGUCAAUGGGAAAAUCUGAAAUUAAAAUGUUUUUCUGGCCCAUAAUGCACUGUUCCUGCUAAUGCUCUAAUAAAGGCUCCGUGGCACCGGGCCGGCACCGAAUUGGGCCAGUUCUACAGAUCAGCGGUGAUUGGGUGGGGGGAACCUUCUGCUUAUUGGUUAUUAGUGCAGUGAUGUAUGUUCUGCACCGAGGGGUUAAUCCAUUGUCUGCAAAUGUGAUAAUUGCUGUAAAGUGGGCCAGUACCAGUACCAGUAUUCCUACUGCUCCCCUGUCCCUUCAUUGCACGGAAAUGCUCAAUACACUUAUAGAUAGAACUGAA